UGUGUGGUGUCCUAAAUGCAUAUUGCUCACAACCAUGACAACAGCAAAUGUUGGUACAAUCCAAGAUGCUUGAGAUGUGUUAGCAGUGAUCUUUCAGGAUAUGUCAGUAAUUGGCAGAUAGCACUUCAGGAGAGAUGUGUCUCUUGCCAAGUACUGCAUGUUUCUCCGGCAAUACCAGCACAAACCAAUCUGUUUAACACUGAAGCUAACUCUUCUCCGUGUCUGAUGGCAUCUGCCCAAGACACAAGAUAUGGCCAGAAGGACACAUCAGACCAGAACUUUGACUACAUGUUCAAACUGCUCAUCAUUGGUAACAGCAGUGUUGGGAAAACAUCGUUUUUGUUCCGUUAUGCUGACGAUUCAUUUACAUCAGCUUUUGUAAGCACUGUUGGAAUCGAUUUCAAAGUAAAAACUGUUUUCAAAAAUGAGAAAAGAAUUAAGCUACAGAUCUGGGACACAGCUGGUCAAGAAAGAUAUAGGACAAUUACUACAGCCUACUACCGGGGUGCAAUGGGCUUCAUUUUAAUGUACGACAUCACCAACGAAGAAUCUUUCAAUGCUGUGCAAGACUGGUCAACCCAAAUAAAAACAUACUCUUGGGAUAAUGCCCAGGUUAUUUUGGUUGGCAACAAAUGUGACAUGGAAGAAGAACGGGUAAUCUCUACUGACAGAGGGAAGCAUUUAGCAGAGCAACUUGGUUUUGAAUUCUUUGAAACAAGUGCCAAGGACAACAUCAACGUGAAGCAGACAUUCGAGCGACUGGUGGAUAUCAUCUGUGACAAAAUGUCAGAAAGUCUGGAGACAGAUCCUGCCAUUGCGGCUGGUAAACAGAACACAAGACUAAAAGACACCCCUCCUCCACAGCAGCCCAACUGUGGCUGUUAAUAGAAUCAUUGUCAACAGAGGCAGCUCCGGUGUGUUCUUUUGCCAAUAGAGUAUUUACAUAGGGUCUAUAUGCCUUUAUUUAUAAUGUCUUACUGGUUCAUUGGGGGGAAAUAUGUCUUCUUUAACGUCCACUGCUGGUACAGUACGUGCAUAGAGUUAUUUUGUGGGAUGGAUCACUAAGGCAGAAGGAAAGGACUCUCCAGUUUUUCUUAGCAUUUGUCCUCUGCACGUAGAUGACUAUUUGGUCUCUUCCCUUACAUUUCUUUUUUCAUCCACAUAUAUCCAUUAUCACUUCAGCUGGUGCUGCAAUCUCAGGCCCAAAUUUUGUCUGGAUUUUAGUCUUCUUUCAUCUUUGUUCACUUAAUGCCAUUUUAUCUUCCUGGGAUGAUCCAGUGGUCUAGAAGUAAAAUUUCUAUUAUUGAUACUCCAAAUCGGGGCUAAUAUUGCAGGAAGCUAGAAAUGCAAGUUCAGGUGUCCCUUCCAGGUAACUUGUCAGCAUUUGCACUCCUUGGAGAAUGUCCAUAGCACAAGGUGACUGUGGACUAUUAGUUGUCCCUCUAAACAACAACAACAUGGAGGAAAUUUUAGAUUCUGCAGAUACAGCUACCUCCCUGUCAAACAACCUUCAAUGUGAGGAAUGUCUUAUUUUGGAAGCAAGGCACAAAGUUGUCUAGCUUUCAACCAUGGUGCUCUUGCAAAGUCUGACUGUUUAACUCAUUUUGUCCCAGGACUUUGGAUCAUCUUCACUGGGAUUUUCUUUAUUUUGAAGGAUUUUCAUAUAUUGUCUAGAAUGUACUCAUUUCAGUCUAAUACAGAAAAACCAUGUCAGAUCUUCGAUUUUUGGUAUCCUGUGAUGCCCCAAAUAUAUAAUUCGUAGGCAGCCAGAUGGCAGAUUUCUUCUUCUUCCCAGGAUACUAUCGUGUACCGCAUGGAAUAUAGCUACUUACACCAUAAAAAGCAAAGCCAAAUGAAUACUACUGCUAUCAUUCAUAUGCUUAUUUUCUUAUGAACACAAAUAUAAAUUCCAGAAUAUUGUUACUGUAGUCAUUAGAUACUUGGUGGAAUGAAAUGUAUCCUCAUCUGAUCAUGAUAAAUAUACCAGAUCUCAGUGAAAUGACAUUACAGAAUAAAUGGAAAAGAUACCAUAAAACAAUAAGAACUAUACAAAGGAGAAAUUUAUACAAACAUGAUCUCUGAUUACACCCAUGAGAGCUCUGAUCUUAAAAAUAUCAUUUCUGAUUCUUUCCCCAUUGAAACUACCAAUAGUAAAUAUAAUGAAAGUACUUAUUUGUAAAGUUAUUUUCUGCCAAAAGUCACUUGCACCAUGAUUCGAAGCAUAUUUCUUGUACCAGAUACACCCAAGCUCUUUUGGUGCCUGAGACAGAGCAGUGACUCACACCAUCAUUUUCACAAGUCAAGGCACAUAUAACAUCUAAUAAGUUGGACCAUGAGACUGAAAAUCCUGGCUCUCUCCCUUGACAGUAAGAAUAAGUGAUACAUUGGAGAACUAAUAACUUUUUGCCAUUCUAGGGCAACCAGAAUUUGUUCCCUGAGACCUUCUAUCACUCUCCCUAGAAGUACGGCUGGCCCUACUGCUUUGGCCCAGUGCUUCUUACCACAUCUAUGGAAAUGUACUUCUCACAGAAUUUCCUCAUUAUGCCCUAGGAUGGUAGACAAUUGAGAUUUUCUAUGUAUGGUAGGCAUUCCUUAUAUGCAAGUGAAAAAUUACCCAUUUCAUGCAUGGAUCUCUGGAUAUAAGGGAGGUUUGCAAAGCUCUGCUUAUGAAAUUCCCUAAUCUCGUUCACUUGUGCAGGUUCAAAACUGCUUAACUAACAUCUGACACUAGUUUGCAUAAAAAAAUAAGGAGACGUUACAUAUUAAUAAUAUGUUGUCAACUCAAAAAUUAUAGAGACAUUGAAGAGUUUUGCGGCAACUUAAAAACCUGACAUAUUUUGAUACUUAGUUUUAUGGACCUCAACCUACUAAAUGACUUGAAGAAAGAUGGAAAAGGGAAGGGGUAAGAGAGAAAUGGAAUGGAAAUGCAAAAGGUACAAGCAAGUGAUGUCUGUUUAAUUGUCUGGCUAUUCAAGGCUAAGAAAGGCACCCUAGAACAGUGGUUCCCAACCUUUGGGCCUCCAGGUGUUUUGGACUUCAGCUUCCACUGUUCCUAACAGCUGGUAAGCUGGUUGGGAUUUCUGAGAGUUGAAGUCCAAAACACCUGGAGGCCCAAAGGUUGGGAACCACUGCCCUAGAAUGUAGCAGGGUUUCUUUCUCAGUGGAGAUAACUCGCAUGCUUAUCUCAGAAUAAAAACAUAUGAGGACAGAUCUGGGCCGUUACGUCUAAAACUCUGUUUGCCCCAGAGUAUGUUGUUGAUUAGUUUCUUACAGCUUUUAAUGAGAACAUCACAAUUUGGCAAUGUUUAUUGGUGUCCCCUGAAAAUACUGUAAUUUUUAACACCUCUCUCACCAAUUGAUUAUGAAAUCACUGAAAAACAGAGAAUAACAGGACAGAAUGCUGGUAUUUUCAAUGCAUACCCUCUUAUUCAGAUAUUUAUAUCUAGAAGAUCAACUCAGAAAAUGUGCUUCAGUUUUUAUUUAUUCAAUCUUUAGUACUUCAUCUGAAUUAUAAUGGUGAAAUGCUUCUAAAUUCUAAGAUUAUUAAGUAUUAAAUGUUUGUGGUUCUUUUCUAGAUCGUCUUUAAUGCCAUUCUGAUAUUGUUCAUCAGGCAAAUGGUGUUGAAGGAUGAAACAAAUAGGUAUAGUAGCUGAUGGCUUAGAAUAUAAGAAAAAAAUGUAAGAAAAUGGUCCUGGAGCAAAACUAAAGAUAUAUCUACUCCAGUGGUCCCCAACCUUUGGGCCUCCAGGUGUUUUGGACUUCAACUCCCAGAAAUCCCAGCCAGAUUAUCAGCUGUUAGGAACUGUUAGGAGGCCCAAAGAUUGGGAACCACUGAUCUAGUCCAACCUUCUAAUUCCACUGUGACCAAGUAGAUGCCUGUGGGUGCAUUCUGUCUGGAGCUUCUAUCAGAGUGGAAGUACAGAAUUUCUAGGAACAAAGGAUUCCCAUUUCAGCUCCAAUGGGAAAAUGUACUCCAGAUGCUAGCCUGAUCUUUCAGUACCAGCUGAACUAUAACCACCUGGGAUGCAAUUACAGCCAGGCUACUGGUAAAGCAAUUCCUCUCAUAGGCCAAAACUCCUUUGUCUCAAGCUUCUCUUUGCUUCCUGUAUGCCUAUUUAGUUUCACACCUAGGCAACUGGAUAAGACACAUGUCUUGAAUACUGUAACAUAGACAAGCACACAACACUAAUGAAGUCUAUUUAGUACUAAUACAUCCUAUUGGUGGAGUUGUAAAAUUCAUUUUGUUAAGUUACAUGAAAUAGUUCAUUCUAUAACUAUAACAAAUGUGCCUAUUUUUUGGAGUGCCAUUCGUUCAGGGUGGCAUUUUUAUUUUUGAAAAGAAAAUACUACUUUUUACGUCUGGUUUUUGGUGUCCUAAAAUAUGGAAUCCCUAUCCCGUCCUUUCUGUUGAAAUUGAUUUCCUCUAUCUCUCUCAGCUGCAAUGUAAUGUAACUCUUACUGAAACUGUUUGUUCCUUGUGCUUUUACGUAGGGCAUUUUCCAAUGAGUAAUGCAAUGGAGGUACUAUUUCCUUCUGGAAAGAGUCACCAUAUGUUUCCAGGUUUCAAAAAAAAAAGGCACUCCUGGUAAAAAUGAAAUCUUCUCCUCAACUAAAGUGGCAGUGGCAAAUUGAAGUAUUAUCUUGACUAUUAACAAUGAGGUCUCUUUCAGACUAGACAGUUAUAGCACUUCAAUACCAUGAUUCCAUCCAGUGGAAUACAAGGAUUUGUAGUUUCAGUGGGCAUCUAGUAAUGUCUGCCAGGGAGUUCCAAUGUCUCACUAAACUCUAAAUCCCGCCCUGAAAUCUUUUGCUAGAGAGAAGGAGAUUGAUUGUGCAGUGUGAAAACUAUACUCACAUUCCCAAUACAUGAGUCGUCUCCUCCCCUUUGGGACUCUGGACACCUAAGACAAAAUCUAUCUCAAGCUUUGUGUCUGCCCACUACCUGAAUAUUCUUUGCCAUGGAUGGAAGAAUUCAACUUUUGUAAAACCUAGUCAAAAUACUCUCUCCAUUGUAGAUACAGUAAACUACUUUGCCUGAGAUAAAUUGGAAUAAGCCCUCCAUAUAUUGCAUAGAGAAACUACCUGAACAGCUAGAUCUCUGUGGCCUUUCCAGAGCAUGAGUCUGAAAGAUUAGAUUUUCUUCCCAGUCAGCUCAGCUCUGUUACAUCCAGCUGUACUGCCUGCACCUUAUUUAUUUUAGGAAUGAAGUGCUAUUUUAUGGUGCACUAUGUUCACUGGAGUUUGAUCCUAACUUGCAGAAUUGUUUGAUGGUUGUGUUUUUGUUUAGGAAACUUAACAUUGGUGCAGAAUUUAUCUCUUGAUACAAUUUUUGUCAGUCAUGGACAGUUAGUAGAUCUAGUUUUCAAUGAGCAUGUUUUAUGUGAUGGCACUGUGUAAAUGAGUGUCUUGUUGAAUAGGGCUCUUUUUUCCACAAGGUACUGGUAUGCAUAUUCAUUUUGCAUGGUUCAAACACCAUUGUCCACUCUGAGCAUGGCAAGUUUUGCAUAGGUCCCAUUCAAACUAUGCCCUCAUGACAAGUCUGUGGAUCAUUCUGGAUUGUUCCAUGUUGAAUUUUCAAUAGAUAUACUCUGUAAAGAUGGUGUCAUUUUACCUUUAUGGGCCAAAUCUUGUGACAUCUGUAUUCUUUGGGAUAAACCAAUGCAAUCAUAGACUUACAGCAAACAUCAUAGUAACAAAUGGUGCCUAAUAUAGCCAGACCCCCCCCCCCACCCCCACCCUUGCCCUCUUCUACACUGCCAAAAGCCAGAUCCAGAAUAUGUACUAGACCGCCAAAGGUGGUUUUGGGUACACAGAGAGCUGUAGAGAUGAAAGAGGACUAUUUCCCUCACCAUAAUUCCACCAAGAGAAGCAAUUUUAUUAGUGGAAUUACAUUUUUAGUUUCUGGACAUGGAGUGACAAGAUAGUGAUGGUCAUAGUAUGUGAUGGGUUUCCUAGACGUGGUCAGAUUCCCAUAUUGUUUGUAUCUAUUUUUAUUUUAGAAAAUCCAAAAGCUGUUGGUUCUCAGGUAGUUUAGAGAUGCUGGUAAAGCAUGGCUUAUAUUAUUUAGUUGAUGCUCUUAAGCUAAGUAGAUGGUCUACAGUAGUGAUGGGGAAACAGCUCUCCAGCUGUUAAGGUCUACAGUUUCCAUCAUCUCCACCCAGCUUGACUACAUAGUAAUGGAAUGUGAGAACUGUACUCCAAAAUGUCUGAAAGCCCAAAAGUUCCUCAUUCCUUAGCUAUAACAUUGCACUGUACUAAGUUGGACUGGAUGGCUCUUGUGGUCUCUCCCAACUUUAUGAUUCUUAGAGUGGAUCACUUCAUUUUGACUUGACUCCUCUGGGAAGAGUUAUGACACAGCUGGUUUGAAUAAUCAUAGUUUCCAUUUUUAAAAAUUGUGUCAGGAGUGAAUUGAGAAUAUACUGCGUCGCUUCUGAUGUGAUAGAAUCAGCCAUCUACAAAGACGUUGCCAGGGGACACCUGGAUGUGUUACCAUCCUGUGGGAAGCUUCUCUAAUGUCCCCCCACAGGAAGCUGCGGCUGACAAGACAGGAGCUUACCCUGUCUCGUGGAUUUGAAUUGCCGACCUUCAGGUCUUCAGGUCAGCAGUUCAGCCGGCACAUUACUCCACUGUAGCGCCAUAAACAAAGCUGAGAAAUGCUAGGAAAUUCCAAGAGCUGUAGUCUUAAAAAAGUAAUUUUUCAAGCUCUUUCCAACUUCAGCAGACCAGUGCUGGUUUAUUUCUAGCAGACAAUCAGGUCAAUAUUGAGAUUUCAUUUUCUGUCUUUAUUUUUUUCACUCAUAAGAAAAUGUUGGCCUUGCCAAGAUUUUCCAUGUGCAAAACUUGAAAUCAAAAUACAACUCAGAGGAAAUGUUUAUCAACAUUUUCCAUCACAAGUCAGAUCAAUGGAUUUUUACAUUAUGAUGGUUAAAAUUUGUUCAUUGUAUCACACAGGAAUAUUCACUUGACCAACAUUUUACCAUAUUUGUCAUACCAGCUCAGUUCGUGUAUUGAUUUUGUUGUUACAAAAUCAAUUCAUUUCCCAGGUUUUUCCCUCUUGUCUCCUGAUUCCUGAUUCCAUUGCAUUGUGGAACCUGCCAGGAAUUUACUCUUAACACUCACAGAUACCUGUAGUAAUUUCACAAACUGUAGGGUUUGCAUUGACAAAGACAGCAGAAUAGAUGGCAUGCUAUUUGGACACAGCCAACUGGCAUUUUAGGAGAGAGAAGACAUACCCCAACCCCCCAGCGAUUUUAUAUCCCUCCCUAGGGCUUGCUUACCACUCAUCAUGAUCAGUCAACAUCAAUGGGUAAUCCUGACAUGUACCUUGCAAACUAGUGUUAAAUGGAAACUGUGCUGUAAUUCCUAUUCAAUAUAUUGUUGGUAACGUCAGCUACUGUGUUGUGAUUCAGUUGGACUGUCAGAAUGUGUGUACUAUUUAAUAGUGUUUGUGGAACAGAAGUGUCUUAAAUGUUGCAUGAAGAUGUUAUAAAAAUAGAUUUGUUUUCUAUUUUUGAGCACCUCUAACCUGAGGGAUCAUGGGCCAAUAAGUGCAAUAUUUAAUGACUUACUCAGUGUAUAUAAACCUGUGUGGAAGCGAGAAGUGCUGUGAAUGUGUGAGAUUCUGCUGCUGCUAGUUGAAGACUGUGUGGCUUAUUUAAACAAUUUCUAGUAGCUGUUAAGUGUCUGAUAGUCAUGUUUAUAUACCAUAUAUAAAUGCUAUGAACAAGUGUCGUGCAAGAAUAUUCUAUUCCUGAUUCUGUUAAAUUAUUUUUCCUAUAUCAGAUAACUAUAAAAAGAAGAGAUGUCCAUAUGUUUCCUUCUUUGCAAGUGCAUGUCAAUUUUACUUCUAGAACAGUGUCUUUAAAAAAAAAACACCAAAAGAUUGUGCUAUAAAUAAAAGCAAUGAAGAAACUUA